AUGGGGCCUGAGGCUCUCAGUCAGCCACAGCUCGGCUCGACUCAGCUUCACUCUUUGCUCCUGGAGCCUGAGGUUGUGAGCCACUGGCAUAGAUGCUGUGCUAGCCAAAGAAAUCUGGUAUCAUCAGAUUUAGCUUUGGAAUCGAAUCCAUCUGAUCAUCCCAGAGCAAGCACAAUUUUCCUGAGCAAAUCCCAAACUGAUGUGCGAGAGAAGAGGAAGAGUAAUCAUAUCAACCAUGUUUCUCCGGGGCAGCUUACAAAAAAGUAUAGCUCGUGCUCAACAAUAUUCAUAGAUGACAGCACAGUCAGCCAGCCUAAUCUUAGAAGCACAAUAAAAUGUGUGACAUUAGCAAUAUACUACCACAUAAAGAACAGAGAUUCAGACAGAACAUUGGAUAUUUUUGAUGAAAAAUCACAUCCUCUUACACGAGAAGAAGUUCCAGAUGACUACUACAAGCAUGACCCUGAUCACAAGCACAUCUACCGCUUUGUACGGACACUUUUUAGUGCAGCACAGCUGACAGCUGAAUGUGCAAUAGUGACACUAGUUUACUUGGAAAGACUCUUAACCUAUGCGGAGAUUGACAUCUGUCCUAGUAACUGGAAAAGAAUAGUUCUAGGAGCUAUUCUGCUGGCUUCUAAAGUUUGGGAUGAUCAGGCUGUAUGGAAUGUGGAUUACUGCCAAAUAUUAAAGGACAUUACGGUUGAGGACAUGAAUGAGAUGGAAAGGCACUUCUUGGAGUUGUUGCAGUUUAAUAUCAAUGUUCCUGCCAGUGUUUACGCCAAAUACUACUUUGACCUUCGCUCCUUAGCAGAUGACAACAACCUGAGCUUUCUAUUGGAGCCUCUUAGUAAAGAGCGAGCACAGAAACUGGAGGCUAUCUCCAGACUGUGUGAGGACAAAUACAAAGACUUGUCAAAAGCUGCUAUGAGACGAUCUUUCAGUGCUGAUAAUUUAGUUGGUAUUCGCCGUUCUAAUGCCAUCCUCUCCUGAGGGGAGAGAGAGAGAAGAGUGCAGCACCGUGAAGCCAGCAUCCACAUGAAAUGAGGAAUACCACCACUCCAUGCAUACAAGCCAGCAGUGAUGGUGUCUUCCAGCAAUGGGAGGAGGGGUAAAACUAGCCAAGGGACCCCAGGGCUUGAAGAGUGUAUUCCAUGCAGCAAAUGGGACCUUGGCAGAUCAGCACUCUCCUCCUUUUAAUGUAUCCAGAGGUGCAAAAACCAGCUUCCCUUCCCCCACAGAUGUUUGCUUACUGUGUAGGCCUAUAGCUGUGAACUAUGAAUUUUUAAUAAUGAGUAGUUUUAAAUUUUAGAAUUUAAACACUAACCACGUGACGAUAGUUACAAUGUUCUUCCCUUUUCUCCUGUUGUCCAGAACACCGCUGCAUUUGCCUUUCAAGGCUGAUGUGGUGCUAACAAAGAAAAAAAAUACAUACCUGGGACUCUAACAAAGUAUACAGCCACUCUGGAGCUGAAACUGUAGCAAAGAUCAGUGUCCAAGGGUUUCUCCUGGUUUUGCUACUAAAAAGCUGCUUUUGCUAUUGGAGAUCAGUUCUAAGCCAAGAAGCCACUGAGCAAGAUGCAGGUCUAACUGCACCACCAGUGUCGCUCCAGGAGAGAUUGUCAAAGGAUUGUGAAUGUUUGGCUUGGGAGCAGAGAAAUGUUUUUUACAUGUUGAUUGUUAAAAUACAUAGGGUCCAUGCUGCAUUUCUUGUGAACUAUGGUGCUUCUCACUUUCUAAUACUUUUAUUAUUGCUCUGGAAGAUACGCAGUUUGGUUUGGUUUUUUUGAAGAUCCGAAUGAGAGGGGGGGUUUUUGUUUUUUAAAUUGGAAACUGGCAUUGUCCCAAACAGUUUAGCAAGCCAGUAAUGAAUAGAUGGUAUACUGCAUGCACCUCUGAAUUUCACUACAGAUUCUUACAAGGUUGACAAGUGAGAUGCAUUGUGCAUCUGCUUGUGCUCCCCUUGACUUCUGCUUCCAGGCAAGGGUUUGCAUUCAUGAUGUGACCAUAGUGAGUUUUGAGGAUCUUGAAUUGACUGACAGAGGUAGACAGCUAUUUUCAAUUUAGUAAUAAGAUUUUUUUCACAUUACUUACACAAAACCCAAAUGCGUAUCUUAUCAAAUUUUUUUUUGAGAAGUGAACUUUAGUUUGUGCAACUCUGUUGCUCUUCAGAAUUGAGUUGACACUUUCACUGAGAAUUUGGGGUGGAGUUUACUUUCAAGCUUUGAAAUUCUGAACUCUAAACAGAAUAAGUAUUAAUAAGCUCUUCCUGUUAUAAAUCCUAGUAUACCUUCCCCUCCUGGAUGUAAAUUGAUUCUAGGCAUUUUGUCCUAGGAACAAAUCUCACUCAGUAUGGCACGUUUGUGCCACCUCACUUCCAGCCAGGGUCCAGAAAGCUAUGCUUAAUACCAAGCCCAUAUGCCUUUGAGAGUAAGGGGCUCCUGAGUGUAACAGUCAGUUUGGCAGCACUCAGAUUAUUUAAAUGCAACACAUAGUAUUCUGAAGUUUGCAAAUCUACCAGUCCCUAGUCCACGAUCUAUGGAACUUGGAGCUUCAGGUAUUGAUCAUAAUUCAAUUUUGAAAAUAAUGCUACAUCUUCAGGUGGUUUUUCUUUCUCAUGUUUGUAUUAAAAGAAAAGCUAAUAAACUCUAUUUUAA